AUGCCCAGAGCAGCACGGCGUACCAGCGGCCCCAGCGCCACCUCCAAUCGAACCAACCCCUACCCCAAAACAUCCCCCAAAAACAAAACCAAAAACAAAAGCGCGACGGACAAAGAGAACGUCGACCCCAACCCAUCCUCCUCCGCCACCACCGCCGCCUCCGACAAAGGCGACUACCGCGCCAUCGAACUCGAAGAGAUCGACGGCGAAAUCCCCUGCUACGACAACGCGACCACCGUCCGUCGCAAGCUGAACAAGCUCAUCGCGGACAAAGGUACCAUCCCGGGCUCGAGCAAGAAAUGGAACCAGUCGGCCAUGGCAGCCGAGAUGCAAGAGCUGGAGAAGGGUGGACAUCCUGUGGAAUACAAUAGGAAUGCGAGUGGACCGACAGCGAGGUCGUUGGGGGGAUUCUUGAAGAAGAGUGGGCAGAUGGGUGGAGGGGAUAGUCCAUGCUACUACUGGGGCAAUGCGAUGCUAGAGAAAUUGCGGAUCUACAAUGGGGAGAAAAAGAGCAAGCCGAGGCUGGAGGCUGAGAAACACCGUGACCGGCGUCGCCACCGGCCAAAAGCUGAAAAAGAAGAUAAUAAUUCCGAAAACCAAUGCCCAAGCAUUGACGAUAAUACCGAAGAUACCCGGGAGACGGAAUGGUCCCCAGACAAGCUGAUUAGCCUCGCCUGUGUCGUUGGCGACGUCUGUCGCCUUUCUGAUAGCACCGGUGCAUCGGCGCCAGAGGAGAAGGCUCUCCGUGAUGAGGUAAGAAGCGUAGAGACUGCUUACGCCAAGGGAGAUGGCAUCGUUGAAAGCCGACACCAACGAGACCGAUGA